AAACAACAAACACCUUCCCUUCCCUUCCCUUCGUCCAGCCACACACUCUCCCUCUCCGUGUCGGUGUCUCAUCUCUCUCUCUCUUCCCAUCCGCCGCCAAAACCCUAGCCCCCCCUAAACCCCGCCGCCCGAUCGCCGCCGCCGCCGCCGCCCUCCCGCUUUCGCGGCCUCCGGUUUGGGCGCCCCCCCCCCGCCCGGCCCAAGAACCGUGUGCCCCCGCCGCCGCCGCCGCGAUGGACAUGGACUCGUGGGAGCGCCUCGCCGCGGACGCCAGGCUGCAGGGUUCGUGCUUCGAUGCGUUGAUUGGGAUGGAGGAGGCGGAGGGGAGCGAAGGCGAGGAGGAGGCGGCGGAGGUGGCGUGCCCGUUCUGCGACGAGGAGUUCGACGGAUUCGGGCUUUGCUGCCACAUCGAGGACGAACACCAGGCGGAGAACAGGGCCGGGGUGUGUCCAAUUUGCUACGAUGCGGUUGGGAUGGACUUGGUUAGUCACAUCACUUCGGAACAUCCCAGUUUCUUCAAGGGCAAAUGGAGAAAUCGGCGAGUUUCACAUGGAUCACAUUCUUCAACGCGUGCCACAUUAAAAAAGGACGCGGCAUAUCUGCAGUACCGUUAUGGAGGAUCCACACGUGCUGCUUCACACAACACAGAUCCUGAUCCUCUACUAUCCUCUUUUGUUGGUAACUUCACCGACACAGAUUUACCAAAAGAUGUACAACAAGAGUUCCGAGAUGAAACGGAUGAGAAAAGUGAUUCCUUAGUACAGAAGGAACAGAAACCGGUGGAAAGUGCUGAUGAGCCUCUGCUCCCUGAGGUCAAGGAAGAGAGAACUCGGAGGAGCCAAUUCGUGCAGGGGCUGGUAUUGUCCCUGAUGUUUGAUGACAUCUUGUGAAGAGUUACAUUCUAAAAAUUGAUUGAAGGCAACAGUCGCUUCCGCGAAACAGUAUAAUACCAAGCGGAAGUUGCUGAUGUCUAAGCUGAUUUGCCAUCUGAAGAUGACAGCAUUGUUCUAGGAUCAUCAGAAGGAUGAAUUUGUGAAUAUAUGGAUGCUCGUUAGCAUGUCACGGGUGUGUCGCCUCAACAAAUAAGAUUAUAUGUAUAUUUUGGUAACAUCACGAAUACCUGUGUUAUCAGGAGACCCAAGUGGUAACAUCACGAAUACCUGUGUUAUGGUCCAUGUAAUCAAGGUAUGUAAGAUCAAGGUACACGCGUGACAAAUCGAUGAAAAUUCAAGGUAGGCAUCAGCAUCAACUCCACACAAUUGAAGGUUUGAAGAAACAAUGACAUUCUUCAGCCUUGGAAGUAUACAUAUCAACUUGAAAUAUUAUAUUCAUACAUAAAUGAAGUGUGUGUGCAUGUAUAGUCCUAGUCUGGAGCAAUGAUUAACUAGUUGGUUAAACCUAUCAAAUGUUCGGAAGAAUUGUAGUCCUAGUCAGCUCUUCUGCUUCCACCCAA